AUGGGCAGCACUCAAGACCUAGACCAGGACGUCGAGUCCAGGUUCGAGGAAAAAGAGAGCCCAACAGUGACACGACAUGAACUCAUCGACUUCGAAGAUGAAAAGACCCGCGUCGCCAAAGGUGACGACUCGGACGGACGCGUCAACUGGACUUGGAAACAGGUCGUGGCAACCGUGUCCUUGUGUGGUGUAUAUGUGGGAUCACAAAUCCCACUCUAUUUCGUCGGAGGCUCGCUCAGCUACAUCGCAGCCGACUUGGGCUCUGCUUCCACCGGUUGGCUCCCCGUCUCGAACUCCCUGGCUCUUGCCGCUAUCUGUCCGUUCUGUGGCUAUCUCCAAGAUAUGUUCGGCAAGCGGAACAUUUCCAUCCUGGGAUCGGUGAUGAUCUUGAUUGGCGUCUUGAUCACCGCAACAGCACACACCUUUGCUCAAGGCGUUGUCGGUAUGACAAUUGCCGGCGGUGGGGCUGCUAUUGGAGAGCUUACGGCGCUGGCUGGGACGGCGGAGCUGGUCCCUGUCAAGAAGCGCGGCAUCUAUCUUGCAUGUGUCACCUUUUUCAUCUGCCCAUUCUUUCCAUACGUCUUGUACUCUCAAUUACUCUCUGCCCAUGCGACAUGGCGAUGGGGUCUAUGGAUCACAUUCAUCUAUAACGCAAUCUUCUUCGUCGGGGUCCUGCUUUUCUACUUCCCAGACUCCCAUCUUCUGCGCAAGGGCAAUCUGAGCCGGACAGAAAUCGCGAAGAAAAUCGACUAUGUCGGUGCUUUUCUCUCUAUAACUGGAGUGAUUUUAUUCCUCGUUGCUUUGCAGUCAGGGGGCUCAUCCCACCCCUGGACGAGCGCAUACGUUCUCUGCAUGCUGUUCUUUGGCGCGGCACUCAUAGCCGCUUUCGUUCUAUGGGAGUGGAAAGGGGCCAAGUAUCCCAUGGUUCCGAAGGACCUCUUUGUUGGUCAGCGUGUCGUUGCCAUCGCUCUUGCAGUCGCCUUUGUGUCAGGAAUGAACUUUUACUCGAUGAUCAACUUUGCUCCGCUAACAUACAGCACUGUCUAUAACCCUGAUCCUAUUCAAGUCGGUGUGAAGGGCCUUGGUUAUUCGAUUGCCAUCACCGUCGGUGCCACAGUCAUGAACGCGCUGCUCACAAUCCUGAAAGGGAACAACCGCGAGCUCCUGCUGAUCUCCUGCGUCUUAAUGACUGCAUUUACCGGCAGCAUGGCUGCAGUGAAUCCAAACAACCCGGGACUUGCUGUGGGUCUGGCCACCGUUGCAGGCUUUGGAAUUGGGGGCGUCAUCGUCCCAUCGGCCACGAUUGCAAUGACCGCCUGUCCAGAUUCCCUGAUUGCCACAGCAACGGCGUUAACCCUCACCAUCCGCUUCGUUGGCGGUUCCAUCGGCUAUUCCAUCUACUACAACGUCUUCGAUGAGAAACUCACCCACAAGCUCCCCGAGAGGGUCCUGGCUUUCGCGCUCGAGGCUGGUCUUCCUAAAUCCUCCGCGGCCGCAUUCGUCCAGACGUUUCUUACGGCCCCUGCGAAUGUCACCACUGUCCCUGGGGCCACUCCGGCCGUUAUUUAUGCGGCGACUAUCGGGACGCGCUGGGCAUAUUCGGACGCCUUGUCUUACGUCUGGUAUGUCAGCAUACCAUUUGGCGUUCUGUCCAUUGUCGGAUGUCUCUUGAUCGGAGAUAUCUCCAAGUACAUGACAAACAGAAUUGCCGUCCAGAUUAAGCACUAG